AAUGCACAGUCUUUGUUCCUGUGCAUAGAAAUGAACGAAGAAGUCCAUUCACGUCGUUUCUUCUCUCUGUGCUAGCAGAGAUUGACGUUCACAAGCUACAUUUUUGUUUUCCAGAUAUUAUCGGGCACAGACGUGACUGUCGACUGAACAUCAGCGAGCAUCAUCAUCAUGUCAGGCGGUCCAGCGGUGCGGGUCAGCAUCGAGUCAUCCUGUGAGAAGCAGGUGCAGGAGGUGGCCCUGGAUGGGACUGAAACGUAUGUCCCCCCGCUGUCCAUGUCCCAGAACCUGGCCAAGAUGGCCCAGAGGAUCGACUUUGGCCAGGGCUCCGACUCCGAGGAGGAGGGAACCGAGGGUGAUGCCAGGGACCGCGAGUGGGGCAAGCAGGAGCCGGAGGAGGAGGAAGGCACAGUGAAGUUCCAGCCGUCGCUCUGGCCGUGGGACUCGGUACGCAACAACCUGCGCAGCUCCCUGACAGAGAUGUGUGUGUUGUAUGAUGUGCUGAGCGUGGUGAAGGAGAAGAAGUACAUGGCCUUAGACCCGGUGUCUCAGGACCCGGCAGCCAGCAAGACGCCACAGGUUUUCCAGUUGAUCAGUAAGAAGAAGUCUUUGGCCACGGCUGCGCAGCUCUUGCUGAAGGGAGCGGAGAAGCUGAGUAAGUCAGUGGCAGAGAACCAGGAGAACAGGAGGCAGAGGGACUUCAACUCCGAGCUGCUGCGCCUCCGCUCACAGUGGAAGCUACGUAAAGUCGGAGACAAGAUCCUAGGGGACCUCAGCUACCGUAGUGCAGGCUCCUUGUUUCCUCACCAAGGCACAUUUGAGGUGAUCAAGAACACAGACAUCGACCUGGACAAAAAGAUCCCAGAGGACUACUGCCCCCUGGACGUCCAGAUCCCCAGUGAUCUGGAGGGAUCUGCUUACAUUAAGGUGUCCAUCCAGAAACAAGCCCCAGACAUCGGUGAUCUGGGGACGGUGAACCUGUUCAGGAGACAGCCCAAAGCCAAAUCAGGUACACAGCCUUGGCAUGUGAAGCUGGAGGCAGCUCAGAACGUUUUGCUCUGUAAGGAGAUCUUUGCUCAGCUGUCCAGGGAAGCUGUGCAGAUCAAAUCUCAGAUCCCUCACAUCGUGGUGAAGAACCAGAUCAUCUCUCAGCCCUUCCCAGGUCUGCAGCUGUCCAUCUCGCUGUGUCACUCUACAGGAGAGAAGAAGAACCAGCGGGCGUCUCCUGAGAGACCCAAACCAGACGACCACCUGUAUGUCCUGGAGCAUAACCUGCACCAGCUGAUGAGAGAGUUCCACAAACAGCAGCUGAGCUCCGUGGUGAUGCCUCACCCAGCCAGCGCCCCGUUCGGCCACAAGCGUCUGCGCCUGGCGGGGCCGCUGGCCUAUGACAAGGCCGAGAUCUCUAGCCUGCAGCAGAGCGAGGGGCUGCUGGAGAAGAUCAUCAAACAGGCCAAACACAUCUUCCUACGCAGCAGGACGGCGCGGACCAUUGACAGUCUGGCCAGCCGCAUUGAAGACCCGCAGAUCCAGGCCCACUGGUCCAACAUCAACGACGUGUACGAGUCCAGCGUCAAGGUCCUGAUCACCUCGCAGGGCUACGAGCAGAUCUGCAAAUCGAUCCAGCUGCAGCUGAACAUCGGUGUGGAGCAGAUCAGAGUGGUGCACAGAGACGGACGCGUCAUCACGCUCUCGCACCAAGAACAGGAGCUGCAGGACUUCCUCCUCUCACAGAUGUCGCAGCAUCAGGUGCAUGCUGUGCAGCAGCUGGCCAAGGUGAUGGGCUGGCACGUGCUGAGCUUCAGUAACCACGUGGGCCUCGGCCCCGUGGAGAGCAUCGGAAACGCCUCCGCCAUCACUGUCGCCUCCUCCAAUGGCGAGUACGCCAUCUCAGUGCGUAAUGGCCCAGAGAGCGGCUGCAAGGUUUUGGUCCAGUUUCCUCGCAGUCAGAGCAAAGAGCUGCCAAAAAGCGACGUCAUCCAGGACGCAAAGUGGAGCCACCUCAGGGGCCCGCACAAGGAGGUGCACUGGAGCAAGAUGGAGGGACGCAAUUUUGUCUACAAGAUGGAGCUGCUCAUGGCAGCGCUCACCCCCUGUCCGUAAACACAGAACCGGCAGAGCCCUGAGAGCCCUGUUCAAAGACACAUUUUUAUACAGAAGAAGAUGGUGGUGGCACACUGAAAAUAAAGUUUUCUAGAUGAUAAAACCACAGGAAGUGAAAGACAUUAUCACAGCUUCUGCUUUGGCCUUUAUGUACUGUAGGCUUGUCGUGGUUCAUGAGCCAGUCUGUGCUGGCUCAUGAACGACUGUUUGAUCCAAAAUAAAAAAGCAAUAUCUGUCUGCAGACUUGUGCUCCAGUGCUGAUCGUAUCUCAUCCUCAUCAGAGCAGAGGAACACAGCAGGGACAUGAAA